AUGUUAGCUGGCUAUUCGUAUGCGAACCUGUCCUUGAUGGACAAGGCCCGAGUGUGGCGUCGUCUCGCAGAGAUCAAGCAACGCCAAGGACAAGGACAGGCUCCGAAACGUUCCAACCCUCCUCCCUCCUCAGCUGCCACCCGCAUCGUCAAGAAGAGAAAAUACAAGGUUGGAGACACGACCCCAAACGGGGUUGUGCUUGUGGUCGAUUCAUCGGACUCCGAAACCGACACUGCCUCUAUCAGAGCUAGGCACGGACACUCCGCAGGCCCAAGUUGCCAGGUCACCGUCACAGUCUACGACUCUGACGGGGAGGAGUUGGGGACGGCGAAACGGGUACCUGUGUAUAACUCUGAUGGCGAAGAAAUCGGCGCAGUUGCCGGGCCGCUCACAGAGGCUUGA